UAGAAGUCCUUGAAUUGUCGCGGCAAUGGUAGCCGCCUGGGAUGGAUGUUUCUGUGAUUCGAGAUUUAUUUUUGGUGUUUCGUUUGCAGUUUGUCACGUUCGUUCCUGGUAACAGUAGCGGUGUACAGUAUUAUUGUUAUGGCUUCCAAGUGGAGUGAAUUAUUUAACGUGGGAGAAGAGUUUGAUGAUGAGGAUAGUCUCUCUCUGUCUUAUUCUCCCAGUACCGUGCCCGCGCAGUCUCCUGUUAAUGAGUCUCCCGUUGUCUCAGUUCUGAGAGCCCCUUCGACAGCAAACCUCCAGACAGCCAAAACCAGCAGUAACCUUCAGCCCCGCCGUGCGAUUCCUCCUGCUUUGUCUCCCUCCAUUCUGCUGCAGCAGCAUGGCAGGAGUCAAAUUCCUGGGAAUCCCGAUGCCCCAGCGAGUCCCGAUUUUGACCUUAGACCGCCUCCCGUUUCGGCGAACUCCUGUGGGCAUCCUCCUAAAAUCUUAAGUGGAAAUGUUGCCAACACACAGCGACAGUGCUUGGCACCUGUGCCAAGGCUGAGUGAAAAGACUGCCAGUGGUGAAAGGCUGUUGGCUCCGGUGGUUGAUGACUUUGACGAUAUAGACUGGGAUACAGCAUUUGCAGAUAUAGAGGAACCUGUAUCCAAAGUUAACGGGCACCAGCUUACGGUGAAGAACAGUCUCCCUAAAAUGGACAACACAGGUCCACUUCAGCCUACUGUAAAGCAACCCAGGGUGGAAUUUGUUUCUCCAGCCAAGAAGCUACGAGCCUCGAAUUGUGGUGGUGGUCAUCCGCAAGUGAAUCCUGGCUUGCAGGACACACGCAUGGAAAACAUUGCACCCAACACUUCGUGGGGCUCGGCACGGCAAUCUGCACACGGCGUUCAACACUGUUCUUCCUUCUCGGCGCAGAAGUUUCCCAGUUUCAAUCUUUCUCCCUCAGCAAAACGUCCAGAUUUCUCGACUGGAAUACAAACGCCAAUAUGUUUGAAUAAAUCAGGCAGCAUGAAUGGCGACUCUGUUCUGGCGCGGACUCCUCUAGCUUGCCAAGAGACUGCCAGGAAUACUAGACCAAUGACUCCAUUGCAGAGCCAAAAAGUCCAUAGCUUACCCAACAACAGAAUGCAAUAUCUACCAGCUCACCCCUCUUUAAAAGCUGGUUCUCCUGUGCCCAGUAUGGAGGGCUCUAGACCAGCCUCCAGAGAGUCCAGUUUUUCUGCUGUCUCUCCCAAAUCCCUUCAAGCUCCAGUCUUUACUAACCACCUUGUGCAGCUGGUGUCAGCUGCCAGCAAGAUACCACAGGUGCCCCGUUUGGACCACCCUCAGGCUAAGAUCAGAAGAUUCCCGGGCCCAGCAGGCCUCUUGCCCCAACAGCCCAGUGGAAGAAACUUGGAUGAAAUCCUAAUUUCCCACCGCCAGGUCCCAACUCAUGGAGCCCUGGCCAAACUGCAAGCCCAGCUCCCCAGUUCCCAGCAGUCCUCUCCGCAGGAGGAUGAGUUUUACAGAGGGCCGUGGGCAGCGAUGAAGGCUGAGACAGGCCUGGAUGAGAAGAAUCCCUCCUGCUUUCUGAAGACCUACAGUAUCAUCAUGGUGCUGCGCAAGGCUGCUUUAAAGCAACUUUCGAAAAACAAGGUCCCCUACAUGGCAGUGGUGGUGAAAUCUAUAACUCGCACCAACAAUGAUGCCAAAGCCGUGUUCAGAGACCCUACAGGGGAAAUGCAUGGGACUGUUCACAGGCAGCUGUUAGAGACAAGACAAUCUGAGCUGAAGACAGGGGCUGUGCUGCUUCUUAAGCAGGUUGGAGUGUUUUCUCCCUCUCAUCGGAAUCAUUACUUGAAUGUGACUCCAAACAACGUGCUGAGAAUUUACUCCCCUGAUUGGAGUAAUUGGACCUCCAGCGAGCUGUCCCAGAAUGAACUAAAACAAAUGCACUUAGUGCCUGAGAUGAGCUUCAGAAAGGAACAAGAUAGUGCCAUCAAUAUGAACCUCGUGUAUGAGGAGGAGGAGGAUGAUAAAAGUAGUGCCAACAUGGCCUCCAAAACACCCAGUACCCAGUUAAACAGUGCCAACAGUAAUCCAGGACGAACAGCACCACAGACACCAGGAGCUGUAGUGGUGGAUGAUGAUUCGUGGGAUGCAGAUAACCUUGAUGACCUGCUGGGAGAGAUACCGGAGGAGGCUUACUGUUUCUGAAAUGAAUCACACAGCACUCUGUAAUGAUCCUGUUAUGUAGGGGGAGACUCUAAAGAGAUACAUGGGCUGUAACCUUUGUGCUCAAAAAGGAUGUCUUUGCUUUAUGUUUUUCUACUUGUUUUUUUGUUUUCAGUGAGACAAAUAGCAAAAAAGCUGCACUUUUUUAAUAUUUAUUCAUUAGUUAUUUCUGUAUCUAAUGAGAGAAACUGAAAAAAUGUUUAAGAAUUGAAGUACACUAAAUACACAAACUUUGUGGGGGAUUUGUGUUAAAAGUGAACUUGUUUUGAAUCUUUAUUUCAAACUCUUGGUUGAAAACUAUUAAUACACAAAGCAAACAACAGUGAUCUUCACGUCUAACAAUACACUGAAAUAAUAGAGGUAAACCUAGGUACGAGAACAGAUCAAAACAGGAACAAAUAAACUGGCAGGUUUCUCAUAGUGGCAGCAGGCUGAGAGAUUAGGACAACACAGUAAAUGAACCACAGCUGGAAGGAAACUGCAGACAUCACAGAAUACUGCAAAUUCAUUACAGAAUGACUCUUCCAGCAUUCCUUUCAAUACAGAUUCGACAAAGGAAUCCAUGUGGUCCAGAACUUCCUAGAUUUAUGCUGAAAAUCACAGGUCACUUUUUGUAAUGGAAGAAACUCUUUCACUAGAUUUGCCUCUUGUAAAUGAAAAAUGAACUUUUUAUACAUAGUGAGGGCCAAAAAUCGUCAGGUUAUAUCCAUGGUGAACGUCUUUUCCCAAAACAAGCUGAUGGGAUUGAAAUAGGACCUAGCGAUGAUACACAGUUCUGAAAUGGUACUUUGUUAAAAGAAAUAGGGGACGGCAAAUAUCAACGUCAUUUGAUAUUGUCUGAAAUGUGUUUGUGAAUGAAACUACUGUAGCCUUUUCAAAUUUACUUAACUAAGCAGGAAAAAGUGUUUAAUUUUCUUUAAAUGAUUUAAGAAUGUUAUGGUUCAAUAAGAAAUGGGUAUAGACCUAAAAGACUCUGAUUUUGAAACCUGAUGUUUGAAAUAGCUAUCAGUAGGUCAGCAUUAAGAGUAGUAGGGAGGCCACUGGCCACCUUCCACUGAAGUACAUUUUGGAGAUCACCAGUUUUUGCAUUGCAGCUUUCACUAGUUGGUAUGUAUACUUAAAUUAGAGUGUUCAUGUACAUAAUUCAGAUCACCUAGACUUGCACUGGAAUUACCCCAUCUCUCUAAAGCAGUGCUUGUGCCAGCUCGUUUACUUAAUAAAGGCCUUUACCAUAUAAUUUCACUCAAUAUAUCCUAUUGUUGAGACUGUGUGCCAACAUAAUACUAUGAAUGACUUCAGUAUUGAAUUAAACCUGUCAUUUAGCAGGUGAAAUCUAUUUAUUCAGCUUCACAAUUGCGUGAUGAGAUUCCUUCAAUUACCAUCUGACAAAUGGAAGUUAUUAGCUUAAGCAUACAGCUUUGAAACACUCCUAAAUUGAAGCCCCAAACCUUGAAUGCCAGACUCGGCAUGGUGCAUUUAAAUGAGUUGAAAUGCAUUUCCAACCUGCCCUAAUUGCUUUCAUAGAACUAACAAAGUUUGGAUCCUUUUAAUCAAGGUACUCUCGGUGUGAGGUGUUUGGGAUAUACGGGGAGCAAAGUCAUUUUUUAAAGUGCAGGAACAAGAGCUUUUCAGUUCUGUGCAUUCAAAUGGCAAUGCAAAUAACUGGACAUUCAAUUAAUUUAAAAUGUUUCUAUCUUGAUACUAGUUUUACAAUAAAACAUUAUAGGAAUAAUUGCAACAUUGGGAGAAAGGAUGUAGAUUUUUUUGGAAAUGUACAGUUGGUUAGAAGGCCUGAGUGGUGGGACUAGUGUAUUUAUGAAAUUAUUAUAGUCAAAAUGAUUAAUGAUUUCCUCUUAUCCCAGUUUGUAAAGGUACCUCAUAGGCUGAGCAGCAUUGCCAAAGGAAUAUUGCAGCAGAGGCUAACAAAUGCAAAAUUUUCUUUUUCAAGUGGGUAGUUGCAUCAACCGAAGAAGGCUCCACG